AUGGGAACCGCGGACCCCUACGUGGAGAUCCGGCUCCUGCCCUGCGACCCACUGGCACCGGGAGUCCUUUCCAAGAAGGAGGUGAAGAGCGCCUCCGGCAAGAUCUUCGACCGGACUUUGUGGAAGACCACUUCCAGAAUUGUCCGAGGGUCUCUGACCCCUCAGUGGGACGAAGCGUACUACUUCUCUCUAAAGGCCAGAGCUGACUUAAGUGAGCUCUUCAUUUACAUCCGUGUUUUGGAUUAUGACGUUGUGGUCAGUGACGACUUUUUGGGGCACUGCUCCUUCCGGCUUCUGGACGCGCUCUCACCACAGAACGACGUCAGUGCCGGCUGGCGGGCCUUGUUACAGAGCAGCCGCAGUGCACUCGAGCGCCUCGCCGUGCUCCGAGACCCGCACCUGACCGAGUCCUCCGGGAAGCCACAGCCAUUCAAGCUGGUGGCACCUUUGGGCCAAGAGAAGACCUACGACCUCAGCGCCGCCCAGAUCUUCCUGCAGCUGUCCAUCAUGGCUCGGAGCUCACGGCCCCUCUUCAGCCAGAAGGCCUCCGCCGGCCCCCAACAGGGACCCGGGGAGGACGCAGAGGCACAGCUCCUGGCGGAGGCGGUGGCCAACGGCGACCUCUGGGAGGCGAGUGCCCUCCUCGAGACGGGCCGCGCCUCCGUGAAUUGUCGAGCUAUCGAG